CAGGCUGUGUGUGUGUCCGGGGCGGGGUGUCCCUGUGUCUGUGUGUCCCCGGCUGGGUGUGUACCAGGCUGUGCUUGUCCCGGGCGGCCCGCACCUGGCUGCGUGUCCGGGGCGGGACCUGGCGGCGGGUGAGCCCGGCCCGGCCCCGGCGCGCCAGGGGUUAAAGGCGCGGCCCCGCCCCCGCCCCCGCCGUGGCCCCGGAUCGCGGCACUUCGCUCCCAGGCUCCGGCGGGUCGGUCUCGCGUGGGGGGGGCUCGCCGCGCCCCCCCGCCCCCAGACAUUGGGGUCAGGGGCUCAUGGCUCUUAGCCCGGCCUGACCCCGCCCCCGCGGCCCCAGCAUGGAGGUCAAAGGGCAGCUCAUCUCCUCCAGCUACAGCUCAGCAGAUGUGCUGGGGCGGGAACCCAGCGCCCGGCUCCGGCUGCAGGAGCUGCUGGACCGGCAGCGGGGCCUGCGGGAGACGCUGGGGCUGCGGGUCGCCGAGCUGCGCCGGCUGUGCCUGCAGGAGGCUGAGCUGACGGGGAAGCUGCCCCCCGAGUACCCGCUGGAGCCGGGGGAGAGACCCCACCUCAUCCGGAGAAGAGUGGCGCCCGCCCACCGGGGACCUGGAGCCGAGGCGCUGGCGUGGGAGCUGUGCCGGGAGCUGGCCGUGCAGCGGCAGGUGACGGAGGCCGCUCGGCGCCUGGCCCUGGCCCCGGAGCUGACGGAGCACCAGCGACGCAGGCGUCGUCAGGUCCAGGCCGAGGCGGCCCAGCGCCUGCGGGAGCUGGAGGGGCAGCUGGGGGAGACACGGGCCCGGCUGGGGGCGCCCCGGGGAGUGCACGAUGAGGUGUUCACCUCCGAGAACAGCUCCCUCUCCGAAGCGGCCAGUCACGAGAACGAUGACCCCCACUGUUUCCACCCGCCCAAGGGGGGCCCCUCGUCCCCCCGCACCCGGGAUCACCUCCGCGCCGUGUCUGGCAGCCCCGACCGCCGGCCCGGCUGGCGAGGGCCCCCCCACAGAGCUGGGGGGGGGGCCACCAGCCGCCGCAGCUCGCUAGCCAGCCCUACCAGCCCGAACCGGACCCUGCCCCGGAGCAUGUCCAGCUUCGAGGGCCGGAGUGUCCCGGCCACCCCGGUUCUGACCCGGAACAUCUGCAGCGGGAACCCAAAACUUCAGGUACCGGAGCAGAGACCCCCCUAG